GCGCCACAAUUGUUCACCUGCACCUGGGUUAAAUGCAGGACAACCGAACGGCAAACGCUCUCGACUCUGCUUUGUCUUUUACUUAGGUAGACGAUUAUUUGAUAAAGGAGUUUGGACAAUUGGUUGUAUGAAGAGAGCUCGGCAGGGUCGAGCCGAAUUCCAGACACUGGCAGGGUUUGAUACCUCCUAGCUGUACAAGAAUGGGCUCAUUAGGAAGGAAUAAUGCGAAAUCUUUUGAGCCUCACGUAGACACAACUGGAGACGGCCGAGAGGACGAUGACAGGCACACGGAAGGGCGACCCUGGCACGAGGCGCCUUUUGCGGGCGCCUGUGAGCCCGGACAUGUUGAUGCAGCGCUCAAUAAGUUCUCCCUCAAACUGGAGGACAUGGCCGCAAAUGUCGCACGGGCACGUGGCGCGCCACGGCGGAAUCCCUUCCGCCGCAUCCAGCACCAGAAGAAGCAGAAGCACCUCCAGAAGUCUUACAGCCAGUACAACCUGUCCCACCUUGAUAGUUCUGCGGGUGAAAGCUCAAGCAGCAAGAAGCGCAAGCACUUGGGUGGUGUGUAUGGGCUGCUGGCACGCCACAUCGACGUGCCCCAGCACCUGAUGGACAAGGCACAGGAGAUGGCGGAGGGCCGCCCGCCGACCUUCUUCAGCAGGCGCUCGCUGCUGGGCCUGCCCAUGCUGCACCCCUACUCGCGCGUGUCGGUGGCGUGGCGUGCCGCCAUGUUGGUGUUCGAUCUCACGUUCACCGCCUUCUGGGUCCCCCUCAACAUCGGCUUCUGUUACAGCAAUUACGGCAACCUGGCGGCGCCGUGCACGCAGUCGGACCUGGCGGGAGGCAUUGUGUACGUGUCCAACUGGCUCAUGGGCUUCCUCAUGGGCGCUGUGCUCAGCAACGGCUCCAAGCGGGCCGUGUGUGUGGACGGGCGGCUGGUCACGUACGCCUAUGUGGCGUACGGCAAGUUCGCGAUGGACCUGCUGGCCAGCAUUCCCUUCUUCGUGCUGGUGGGGACCAUCGCCAGCGGCGGUGGGAGCGGCGAGACGCGGCUGCUGAGCCUGCUGAGCCUGCUGCGGCUGGUGCGCAUGCUGCGGCUGGUCAACACAGUCAAGGUUGUGUACCAGGACUCGCUGUCGGGGCACUACCGCAUGUCGUUCAUCACCCGCACCGUAUCGGUGUCAGCCAUGUACCUGCUGCUGCUGGGGUUCCAGUUUGCGGUGGUGGUCAACAUGUGCGCCAGCCUCAUGAUCAUGCUGGCGGCCUUCUACGGCUACGAGAACACCUGGCAGGACAGCCUGGGCUGGUGGUGGGGCAGCUGGGAAGACCUGCAACCAGUGGGGCUGUGGUACAAUGCAGUGUACUGGGUCAUCACCGCGCUGACCACCACGGGCGCCGGCCAGGCUCCGCGUCAGGCUGGCGAGCAGGUGGUUUCCAACUUCUGCUCCGUGUACGGCAUGGUGUUCAACGGUCUGGUGGUUGGCGUGGUGGGCCGCGCGCUCAUGCAGGCCACGGGCGACGCCAGCAACCUGUACCUGAGCCGCAAGAAGGUGGGGCUGGUGUCCAGCUGGGCCGACACGCGCCACCUGCCGCCCAGCGUCAAGAAGGAGCUGCAGGUGUACUUUGCUGACAGCGAGUUGGCGCGCGGCGAGUUCGGCUUCGAGGCGGGUGUGAUCGAGGGCCUGCCCACCACCCUGCGGCGGCAGGUGGUGGCGUACGUGGUGCGGCCGCUGGUGGACAAGGUGCACAUCCUGUCCGCCGCCGAGCACGAGUUGCGCGACCUCAUCGCCACCAUGUUCAGACCGCUGGACGUGCCGCCGGGCCACGACCUGUGCCGCCAGGGCCACCUGGCCGAUCGGCUGUGGCUGGUGGAGUGGGGCACGGUGGUGGCGCUGCGGCACAAGGAGCAGGAGGCGCACCCCACCACCGGCAUGACGUGCCUGCUGGGCGAGGGCGUGCUGCUGCGCGGGGUGAUGGACGUGGCGGCGGUGCGGCCGUGGACGCUGCGCACCAGCAGCGCCUGUCGCCUGUGGGAGCUGGCGUGGGAGGACCUGGAGCCGCUGCUGCGCGUGUACCCGCGCCUGCAGAGCAUCGCGUUGCAGUACAUCAAGGACCGCCUCAUCCGGGCGCUGGACGGCAUCCCGCAGCGCGACACGGCCUGGUGUGAGCUGGUGGCUGUGCUGAGCCGCAUCCUCAAGCAGCCCGCGCAGCUGGACCAGGCCCGAGACAACCUGGAGGCGCUGGAGCAGUCUCGUGAGGAGGACGGCUCGCUGCCGGCGCUGCUGAGCAGCUGGCUGGAGGCGGGCAUCAGCACCACCCUGGAGCUGGGGGCCACAGGGGCGCAGAAGAGGGGCCUGGUCACCAUGUCCAUCAUGUUGGCCCGCCAGUCCAAGGACGCGCUGGGGGCACCUUCGACCGCCCUGUCAGGGCCCUACCCGCCCUACGCCAACCACCCGCUCGGUGCCCCCUCCCUGGCGCUGCUACCCCGCUACGGCGGCGGCGGCGGCGGCCCGGGCGGCGGCGGGUUCCGCCGUGGCGGCACCGGCGCCAGCGGCCUGGCGGCCCAGUCGGUCGGCUUGGGCAUGCUGCUGCCGGGCGGCACCACCGCCGCAACGCUGCAGCGGGAGCCCAGUGCAGGCGCGCCCGGGCUUACUGGGUUUGGCGGCGGCAUGGGUAGUGGGAGCGGUCUGGGGGCGUCGAGCGUGGAGCUUCCCACACCGGUCGAGGCCGAGGGCGAGGAGGAUGUGCACGCACCGGUGCAGGCGCAGCGGCUGUGGCAGGGUAAGUCCGAGGCCGCUAGCUCUCCAGCAUCCACAGCAGCCGCACGCGGUCAUGGCGGCGCCCGCCGCUCGCGGUCCUUCACGUCCUGCAGCGCACACGCCAGCGGCACGCCGACGCCGCCGUCGCGAGGAUCGCAGCCGCCGCCGGGUGGCUUGCCGUCGUCGCCCAUGCAGAUAGCGCUGUCGUCGGCGCUGCUGCAGCCGUCGCGGCCGCCGCCGACGCCCUCGCGUCUGGCCAUCAGCUCGCGCCAGCACCACUCGCACAACCUCCUAGGCAGCGAGGCCACCGGCGGCGACACGGAAACGGGCGCGGCGGCGCGGGCUGGAGGUGCAGCCGCCGUGGCUGCUGGUGGCGCCAGGCCAGGCCGACCUGGACCAGCAGACAGCUACGCGCGUAGCCCUCUGGGCGGCAGGCCCCCGCCGCGACGGUCGUUCUCUGAGGACGGCGCGGCGGACGCGGCGCGCGCGCGCGUGGCGGCAGCAGCCGCGUCAGGAGCCACUGCCUCGGCUGCUGCAGCUGACGAGACAGUGGAACAGGCGCGAGCUGAGUUUCGGCCGCCUCUGCAGGCACCGCAGCCGCCGCAGUCGCCGCAGCUGCCGUCGCAAAGGUCACCUUUCCUCUCCCACCCCGAUGAGGCAGCGCGCCUGGACAGCGCCGGCAGCGGCAGCCGCCGCGGCGGGCCGCCGUCUUGGGUGUUGAAUCCAAUGGCUGAAGGGGAGCCGCUACCCCUGGGGGAAGUGGAGGGAGAUGCAGAAGCGCUGGUGCUGGCAACGGCGACGCCAGAGGGGCUGGGGCUGGCGACGGUGACGCCAGAGGCGCUGGGGCUGGCCGCGGACGUGGCCGCUUCUGCAGCGGCGGCGGAGGCGCAGCGUUCACAGGCGGGGCAGGGCAUGGCCAUGUCACCGGCGGCGUCGACGUCGGGGAUGGAAGGGACGGUCAGCACAGCGCCGGACAGUCCACAGCGCAGCGAGCCGGAGGAGCGCCUGUCUGUCAUCGCGCACACCAGCCGAGCGUUUGGUGUGGUAGACGCCGGCGGCGUGCCGCUAGUGGGAGCCGCGCCGGCGGCGGCGCCGCAGCACGCAAGGCCUCCGCGGGUGCCCUCCGUCGGCACCAUCGGGGCGCCGCUGGCGGCGGGUCAGCAGUCCCAGUCACGUAUCGGGGGGCCUCGCCGCACAGUGACGGAGGCCUCACUGACCUCACCACGACGGCAGCAGCCGACGGCCCCCUCCUGGCAUCCGGCGGCGGCGGCGGCACCAGCACCCGCUCUCAGCCGCGCCGACUCUUUUACAGCCGGCGCGCCGCCGGCGCUUGCCCACGCCGCAGGCGGCGCCCGGUCAGGCCACGUGCGAUUCUUUCGCUCGUUCAGCCUCGCAGCCGGCAACCCGGGCAUCGCGGCUGUCAGCGUCGGAGCAGCUGCCGCCGAUGCCGACAGCAGCCAUCUUAUGGACCGGCUGCGGGCGGCGAGGGAGCGGGCCAACAGCCUCAGCCGCCGCCGGGUGCACUCUGCGGAGUUAGCUCCUGGGGACCUGUUGAGCCAGGCGGACCAGGCAGCGGCCCCCAGCCGGGAGCUCAACCGCAGCACCGGAGACGGCGCGGACGGCGCCGAUGGCGCCGGCAUCGUCGUCAGAGGCGGCGGGGGCGAUGACGAUGACUGCGAACGUGGCGACGCACCGCCGUACUACCGCACGGGCACGGGGAUCAGCAGCGUCAGCGGCAUGGCGGAGAGCGCCGCCGCCGCCGCGGCGGCGGCGGACCGGCCUGAUGGCCUGGUCCCCAGUGCGUCUGGCCGCAGUGUGCGACUGGCGACGGCGCCGCUGCCGGGCCGCGUGUCGGCGCUGCUGGCGCGCAGCGGCACGCCGCCGCGGGCGCCGUCGAGCUCAGGCGUCAGCGGUGUUAGUUAUGGUGGUGGUAGCGGCGGGUUGCUUGGCAAAAGCGGCGGUGGCCUCGUGUCGCCGCGGUCGCGAUCACCAGGCCCGGGAGACGCCGGCCCGGGCAGCGGCGUUGGGGCGCCUGUCACUGCUGUGGCGGCUGGCGCUAGCGUGGCGGCAGCGGCAGCAAACGCUGCAGGUGGCGGCGGCGGCUGCACGGGACCAGCCCAAUGCCCCACAUGCGGGAAGUGCACCUGUGCGGUGUGCAAGAGCCGCGCGGUCGCCGCAGCGCAGGCGCUGGAGGCAGGCGCAGCGGUGGUGGCCGCGCCGCCAGUCCGUGCAUCGGGGCCGCCGCGUGGCGCUUCAGGCGUGGCGCUGGCCGAUGGGUCCUCUCGAGGACCGUCGUCCGCCCCGCGCGGCGUGUGGGGCCCCGCGGGCGCGCGCCUUGCCAAUUCCAACAUCGGGCGCCCAUCCCUGGACCUGGCGCCCUCCGCUCGCGCCUGGGCAGCCGCCAACGCAAACAGCACUGCCAGCAGUACCGCUACCGGCACCGCGCCUGCCGGCGCAACGGGCGUAGCGGGCACGUCGGCUCCGGGCGCGGUCAAGGGCCCCAGCAACAGCAGCGUUGCCGGGCACGUCGCCGCCACUGCCGCCGCCGCUGCGCAGUUCGCCGCGUUCGCCUCGGAGGCACCCGGGCCGUCCAUGGGUGUGCUGCCACCAGCCAUGGCCUACGCCAGCCGCCGCGGCGGCCGCGGCGGCGGCUCGGACGCCGCGCAAUGGUCGCAAGGUCCUAGCGGCUUCCUCAUGUCUACUGGCGGCACUGUGGGCGGCGGAGGCGGCGGGACCGGCAGCGGCGGCGCGGAGAGCCGGCGGGCCAGCCGCGGCACGGACACGUGGCGGGGGCACGCGCCUGGCCAGGCGGCUAUGGACCUCGUGGCGCCGUCUGUGACCCUCGCGCCGUACUUUUAGGCUUUCGUCGCGUUUGGUGGUGGCUCUAAGGGGUGGAUUAAACUUGCUUGGUGCGGUGGCAUCGUAUGCGAUUGGGCUGAUGCGGGACAGCGGGAAGCCGAGGGAUGUCAGUAAGGGU